AUGACCUCCCUCACGGAAUUCCCUCUCUUUUCAGACCUGCCCAGCGAGUUACGCCUCAAGAUCUGGGGCAUGACUAUCCAUAAUCCUCGAGUCGUCCAUAUCAGCUGCCAGAAGGCCAUUAACAAACUGAGGAGGGAGCCAACACGCUACGUUGAAGCCUUCUUCUCAAUUACCCCGCCAGCCGCAAUCAACGUCUGUCACGAAUCGCGCUUCGAGGCGCUUGCGACCUACAAGAAAUACUUCCAGACCGAGCAUUCGCCCAACUACGUGUAUCUGGCCCUGGACCAGGACACUAUACGAUGCAGCGAUAACAUCUUGGAGCACUUCGGCCCGGUCGAGAAGAGAGGGAUAGAGAGGUUGAUUUUGGACAUCGCAGACGCGGGCUACUUUGGGCAUUUCAACAUGUCGAUCAUCAAAGAUAUGGUGUGCUUGAAGGAGUUGGAGCUGUACACCGAUGAGGGAGACCUAGAGUCUUGGAGGGGCGGAAAUGAGCGCAUUCUCCAUGGGGAUUUCGAUAGGGAAAGACACCACGAUCCUGGAUGGGUGUGCCCCCUUGUGCGGAUCAUCAAUCGGGAUACAGGAAAGGAUAUGGGUGUCAUUGCAAGUGCUGCUUUGAUUCCUGGCUGGAAGGCAGGGUGGGUUGCUGGUUUGGAUACAUCGUGA